GAUUGAGGUUAUGUUUGUUAUUGAUUUACUUUUGUGAUUGUAAUUCGAAAUCUUUCACGAAAUUGCAUUGAAUCUCCAUUAGAAAAUUCAGAAAACAGUUAUGUCAGAUAUGGAGGAACCACCAAUGAAAGUUUUAAAAAUGGAUGUAACUCCAUCGUCCUUGGACUCCACCAUGGAGGGUCAGGAGGAGGGGCAGGAGGAGUGGCUGAGUGAAGGGGUCCUCACUGAUGAUGACUACAUGGCGGCUAAUGCGAGCCAAGAGCAACAGCCAGAUGCCACCGCUGCCGAGUCGUCACAGAACUUGGAGCCGGAACCACAGCAGACGGCGCAGGAAGCCAGCGUCGCUAUGGAGCAGAAUAUUGAAGAAACACUCAACAACUUGGAAGGGAUGGAGGGCACUAAGUCGAAUCAUCCAGAUCACAACACAGCGGAAGAGAGGGAACAAAAAACCGAGGAGCAGCCUGAAACUAUUCUACAGGAGAAUAUUGAAGAGUCGCUGCACAAUUUGGAAGGGAUGGAGACGUCAAAGCUCAGUACAAGCCAAGAGCCAGCUAAAGAGUCAGAGAGCCGAGGACAUGAAGAGCUGGAAACCGUCCUGCAGCAGAAUAUAGAAGACGCGUUGAAUGAUUUCGAAGGAGAAGCUACUAAGGACGAGUUCAACGACCUUUUAAAGAAGAACAACGAAAGCGAACCGUCGCAUUCAGAGCACAGCGACGACGGACACAACACGGACGAAUUACUGCGCAUGUUGGGAGAUGACGACAGCAAAAAGAAGAAAGUUCUCACAACCAUCCGCGAAAAGAACGCGCGUCGCGGCGCUCCGUCCAGCGAGGACGACUUCCUCGAGGGGGCGAAAGUGACGAAGCUGAAGGUGGCUAAAAACGCCAUCAUUCGAACUAAGCCUAUGAAAGCCGAGCCAGAGGACUUCAGCGACAGGGACAGCGAUAUGUCCGACGACGAAGGAAACACAGUGAAGAGAAUGUUUACUUCCAAGCCUCACCCGACCGCCGGCCGAGCGUCGAAAUCGUCGUCAUCCACUAAUGUUAAGACUGAGAAACCUAAACCCACACCAGUGAAGCAGUACAGCAACACCAGCAAGAGCAAAUCGCUUCUCAAACCGAAAACUGCAGAACACCCGGAGAUCAUCAACGAAGAGGAGUUCCUUGAGGACGACGACUUUGACCUUGACGAGGACGUCGGCGAACACUGGCGACGCGAGGACGGGGAAGUGCCGACAAAGACGCAGCCGAUACGUCGGCCCGAGCGCAUGGAUGAGGAGAUACCGAGCGACGAGGACAGCCACUCUGAAGACGACAGUUUAUAUGACAUGAUGCCCUCUUCAGAUUCAGAAGAUAUGGACGAUUGGUUCACAUUGGACAUACGGGCCGAACGAGCAGGCGACUACUUACCUUGGCUGGGUGACAAAGCGCACAAACUGCUGACCGAAGAGAAGCACCGCGUGUCGUCUCGCCUCGCUGCCCUACGCCAGAGCGUGACGGCGCUACAGAGCAGCGGCCGCGUGCAAAACGACCAGAUUAAAGUCGCUACGGAGGCGCUUCAGGAACUUGACGCGAUGUUAGCUGCCGCUUGAGUUAUGUGAGCCUGGUACUUCUGUAGUAUAAACACUCGUAAACUUGGUUGUCUAAACAGCGAAAAGCGGUUUUCUCAUCGACUUUUUGUAUUCAUUCUAAAUAGUUAUUUGUUUAACAAGGGGGCAAAGUUGUUGUUUACCCGCACGUGCCAAAAUUGAUACCCGAGCAAGCGAAAGAUUCCAAUAUUGAAUU